AUUUUAGUUUGAUAUCGAGUUCAACAUAAAUUGAUUAAAUGACCAAGAUACCCAGCAUAAUUUUCUUACUUGAAGGAUAUCCGAAUAGUUAGUAUGAAAAAUAAAACUGGGUCGCAACGGAUUUUCCACUAUAUUGACCGCGUUUUUGAUUGAUUCUGUUUCUGUUUUGUGCCCGGAUGAUCAUUGGAUGAUCAUUGGUUGAUUUUAAUCCGGGCUUAUUGGUUGAUUUGUUUGAGGUUCGCUCUGACACAUUCGUUUGCACAUAGGCUUUCGUGUAAGAGAAACUGAUAUCUUCGAAGAAAUCUGAGUUAAAUAGGCUAUUAUCUAAAUUGAUCAGAGAAAUUGUACUUAUGAUAGUACCGCAUAUUAAUGGUUAUUGCAAUAAGUAUUAAACUAUCUAUACUUUUGAUUUUAUGUGAAAUGAUAGUUUGGUAAAUAAAGUGAUAGUAAAAGCAAUUAUUCUUAUUUUUUCAUUUUUAUAUAACCUGAUUCUUUCUACUUGAAGUCAAUUAUAGAACAAAAUAUUUUGUCUCAAUUAUUGCCAUUUCAUAGUGGACUUAUUAAUUUACAAAAAUGUAUAAUCGAGACAAGUGCAAUUCGACUCUCCUUAAAGCAAGCCAAAUCUUCGUCGCUUCAUUGAUUGCUGAGCCACACCAACAAAGGUAGCUGAAAACACACAAAAGAAACUUUGACUGUGUUUUCUUUAGAAAGAGUUUGGUAUAUUUCAAGUAAAGUUGACUCGUACAAACAAGUUACCAACCAACAAUCACAACUCGACUGUAUCAUGCCGUCACUAACGGAAAAACAAUUUACAAUGACAUUUAUGAUUUUUUCGAUUUUAAUCUUGCAAAGAUGUCACGCAUACAUGCAUCCAAAUAUACUUUGGGAUCCAAGAAACCCAAUAUUUAACACCACAAAGUGUGGAGAUAAUGCAAGAAAGUUCAGUGCCUAUAUUGAUGACUCAGUGACAGUUCUAUGUGGAAACCCAGAAAUAUUGAAUACUUUUACUGAUAAACAAAUCAAUUAUGCAAAUUUUCAUUAUAACAUGUUUGUUACAACAGAUAUCGAAACAUACAACAACAGAAAUGGACAGAAAGCAAAAAAAAUUCACACCUGUCAAGUGAGACAAGCUGUCAUGAAGAACAUGGCAUAUACAACGUUGGACACGUUUCUCCUUCUUUCAAAAUUUAGAGGAGAUAUUAAUGAGUGGACAAACAUGUAUGAGAAGACAUAUUACUUUUUCACAACUUCAGAUGGAACAAAGAAGAGUUUAAGUAACAAAGAAGGAGUAAAUGCUACCAAAGAUAUGCGGUUUGAAUUGUAUAUAUGCAACUCUACUUCAAAGAUAUGUCCAAACAGAGAACGUGUGAAUGUGUGUCCCAGUCAACUUAAAACAAUCAAAUGUCAAUCUGAAUAUCGUUCAAAUUGCACCAACAGAUCAGCCUACGUCAUAUUCAUAUUGGCUGCUUUCUUCGUGGAACUUGUGUUGGUACGAAUGUUGAUGUAAGUUAAAGACAAGUAAAUUAACAUGGUGUUAGUUUAGACACAAUUGAUAGGAUAUAGAGAAGGUAUUUCGUAUCGUAAUGCAUUUGUAUUUACAAUUAUUAUCCAGACGUACGUAAAUUGCUCUGUCAAAUUUUUUUUUUAAAUUUGACAAUGUAUAUUUGACACUCCUUCAUCUUUUGUUGGAUUUAAAGAAAAACAAUUCAAUUAACACUAAAGAGCCUCGACGAAGGAGAACGGCGGGAAAAAUAAUAUUUUUUGUUUUGUUACAUGUUUUAUGAAGCUUUGUUGUUAAUUUGGAAAGACUUAUUUCAUAAACGGUAAUCUUUUUUUAUUUUAUUUUUUGGGAGGUUGAUAAAAACACAUAUUGGGUUGGGUGAAAUCGGAUAUCGCAAUUAUUCAGUCUUGCUUUGAUGAUAUUUGAAUCACCUGCGCUUUGCUCGACUGAAUAAUUCUCGAUAUUCCAUUCCACCCCAAUAUCCGUUUAGUAUUCAUUUUUAUAGCACAAUCAAAUAAAAGAGUCUAUUCGAACCCCUUCCUCAAGGCCCUGCACCAUAUUAUUUACGCUUCUUGCAUUUGUCAGUGGGUAUACACGUCAGAUGUGUGUCUGCUAAUGUUUUUUUGUCGUUUUUUCUUCACUUUUUAUGUAUUUUUGAACACUUUUUAGAUUUUAUUGUUUUAUUGGGUUGUUAAAAUAUUUCAAUUUUUUCUGAUUGUUGUACAUGCUUUUCAUUACUAUUUAAUUUGUUUGUUUUUUUGAUAAAAUUUGUUGAUGUCAUUUUUACUAACAGUAAUUAGAUUUGCU